AACACCACUUUUCACUCCCAAAGAAAGAUGAAAGGUGGCUGUGUCUCCCAGUGGAAGGCGGCCGCCGGGCUCCUCUUCUGUGUCACGGUUUUUGCGUCUGCCGAAAGACCGGUCUUCACAAAUCAUUUUCUUGUGGAGUUGCAUAAAGGGGGAGAGGAAGAAGCUCGCCAAGUUGCAGCAGAACACGGCUUUGGAGUCCGAAAGCUUCCUUUUGCUGAAGGCCUGUACCAUUUUUAUCACAAUGGCCUGGCAAAGGCCAAGAGAAGACGCAGCCUACACCAUAAGCAGCGGCUGGAGAGAGACCCCAGGGUAAAGAGAGCUUUGCAACAGGAAGGGUUCGAUCGGAAAAAGCGAGGGUAUAGAGACAUCAAUGAAAUCGACAUCAACAUGAAUGACCCUCUUUUUACGAAGCAGUGGUAUCUGAUCAAUACUGGACAAGCUGAUGGUACCCCUGGCCUUGACUUGAAUGUGGCAGAAGCCUGGGAGCUGGGAUACACUGGGAAAGGUGUUACCAUUGGAAUUAUGGACGAUGGAAUCGACUAUCUCCACCCGGACCUGGCCUCGAACUACAAUGCGGAAGCGAGCUACGACUUUAGCAGCAACGACCCCUACCCUUACCCUCGCUACACAGACGACUGGUUUAACAGCCACGGGACCCGAUGCGCCGGGGAGGUUUCUGCCGCAGCCAACAACAAUAUCUGCGGGGUUGGAGUGGCCUACAGCUCCAAGGUUGCAGGUAUCCGGAUGCUGGACCAGCCCUUCAUGACGGACAUCAUCGAGGCCUCUUCCAUCAGCCACAUGCCUCAGCUCAUUGACAUCUACAGCGCCAGCUGGGGCCCCACCGACAACGGGAAGACGGUGGACGGGCCGCGGGAGCUCACGCUUCAGGCGAUGGCCGACGGUGUGAACAAGGGCCGAGGGGGCAAAGGCAGCAUCUACGUGUGGGCCUCCGGGGACGGUGGCAGCUACGACGACUGCAACUGUGACGGCUAUGCCUCCAGCAUGUGGACUAUCUCCAUCAACUCUGCCAUCAACGACGGCAGGACCGCCCUGUACGACGAGAGCUGCUCCUCCACCUUGGCCUCCACCUUCAGCAAUGGGAGGAAGAGGAACCCCGAGGCCGGCGUGGCAACCACAGAUUUGUACGGCAACUGUACUCUGAGGCAUUCUGGGACAUCCGCGGCUGCUCCUGAGGCAGCUGGAGUGUUUGCACUGGCUUUAGAGGCUAACCUGGGUCUGACCUGGAGAGACAUGCAGCAUCUGACCGUGCUCACUUCCAAACGGAACCAACUUCAUGAUGAGGUCCAUCAGUGGCGGAGAAACGGAGUCGGCCUAGAGUUUAAUCACCUCUUUGGCUAUGGAGUCCUUGACGCAGGGGCCAUGGUGAAAAUGGCUAAAGACUGGAAAACCGUGCCUGAGAGAUUCCACUGUGUGGGAGGCUCCGUACAGGACCCUGAAAAAAUACCAUCCACUGGCAAGCUGGUGCUGACGCUCACCACCGAUGCAUGUGAGGGGAAGGAAAAUUUCGUCCGCUACCUGGAGCACGUCCAAGCUGUCAUCACGGUCAAUGCGACCCGGAGAGGAGACCUGAACAUUAACAUGACAUCCCCCAUGGGCACCAAGUCCAUCCUGCUGAGCCGGCGCCCGAGGGACGACGACUCCAAGGUGGGCUUCGACAAGUGGCCUUUCAUGACCACCCACACGUGGGGGGAGGAUGCCCGAGGCACCUGGACCCUGGAGCUAGGCUUUGUGGGGAGCGCACCCCAGAAGGGGGUGCUGAAGGAGUGGACGCUGAUGCUGCACGGCACGCAGAGCGCCCCUUACAUCGACCAGGUGGUGAGGGAUUACCAGUCCAAGCUGGCCAUGUCCAAGAAGGAGGAGCUGGAGGAAGAGCUGGACGAAGCAGUGGAGAGAAGCCUGAAGAGCAUCCUGGGCAAGCACUAGCGCCACCUCCUGGCCGCCGCCGCCGCCCUGCCCGACUCUGCCUCUGUCCUCGCUCCACAUCCCACCCAUCGCCUCGCAAUCACUGUCCCCCGACCCACGAUUCCUGAUCCGCCGCUUCGCUCACUGUCGGUGAUUAUUUUCAUUACCAUGAAAGCAAGCUUUUUUAUUCUGUGCCCCAAAUACAGUGUUCCCACCCACA